CGGGGCGCCCUGCUCGGCGCUGCGUAGCGCGGCCGCGCCCCCCGGAAGCGGAGACAGCGGCGGCCGUGGUGGCCAUGGCGGCGGAGCAACGCUACCCGCGGAGCUCCAUCGAGGAUGACUUCAACUAUGGCAGCAACGUGGCCUCGGCCAGCGUCCACAUCCGCAUGGCGUUUCUCCGAAAGGUCUACAGCAUUCUUUCUGUUCAAGUUCUAUUGACCACAGUCACAUCUGCAAUUUUCCUAUACUCUACUGGCGUGCAGGCAUUUGUUCAUGAGAGGCCUGCCUUGCUUUUGAUAUCUGGGUUUGGAUCUCUGGCUGUAAUUGUGGCUCUGACCCUCUACAGACACCAGCACCCUGUUAAUUUAUACCUGCUCUUUGGAUUUACGCUACUGGAAGCACUGACAGUUGCCAUUACAGUGAGUUUCUAUGAUGUCUCCAUUGUCUUGCAAGCCUUUAUUCUAACUACUGCUGUAUUUCUUGGAUUGACUGCAUAUACCUUGCAGUCAAAGAGAGACUUCAGCAAAUUUGGAGCAGGCCUCUUUGCUUGUUUGUGGAUUUUAAUCAUCUCAGGUUUCUUGAGGCUGUUUUUCUACAGUGAGACAAUAGAGUUGGUGUUUGCUGCUGCUGGAGCUCUUCUGUUCUGUGGAUUUAUUAUUUAUGACACUCAUCUGCUGAUGCACAAGUUGUCCCCUGAAGAGUACAUACUGGCUGCAAUCAAUCUCUACUUGGAUAUCAUAAAUCUGUUCUUACACCUGCUGCGUUUUCUGGAGGCAUUUAAUAAAAAAUAGUCAAAAGUGGAGUGGUUUGACUACAGCACAAUUAAAGUUAAGUUUAUGGAUGAUCUGCAAACUCA